GACGUUUUUAUACAGAUCCACAGUUGCACGGAAACCAUGGUGAUGUACCCUGCCAUAGUUAUGUUCUGGUAGAAGAGGGACAAAACCAGGGAACAGUUAUCAAUGGAGAUCUACCAUUAGAUAUACAGGCGCAUAUACAAGAUCUUAGAAUGGUAGACUCCACCAGAUAUGAAACCUAUGACGAAACAGUGAAUGUACUAAAUGUACUUGGGUACAAUGGAUACAGAGUUGUGGGUAUGGGUACAAAUAUGGCUAACAGGCUUUCCUGGACCCUGGAGAGAAAAUAUUUCGAGUUCCACAGAAAUUCAAAUCCUAAUAAUUAUUAAAAUCAAUUGUCAAAUAAGCCAAUUUCUAUUUAUUAAACACAUGCGCAUACAAUAUUUACAAAU